AUGCGGCCUCACCAACAGGUAGACAGAGAUGGCAACCCCCUCAGGCGCCCAAAAAGAACCGAUCAUCUAUCAUCUCUGCUGUCGAAUACCCUCCACGAUGUCCUCAAGCGCCAUCAGUGCUAUGGCGGUGGCUACGGCGCCGGUGAUGGCACUUACGAUCCAGUCGCCCUGAUGCGCGCCAAUGAAAACGCAUUCGUCGCGGUCAUCAUUCAGUAUCGACUUGGCGCGUUUGGCUUUCUCUCCUCCAGGGAAGUGCACAAGCGAGGUGUCUCGAACGCGGGACUUCUAGAUCAAAGGUUCGCGUUUGAGUGGGUCCAGAAAAAUAUCAACCUGUUCGGUGGUGAUGUGGAUGCCGUCACGAUUUCGGGACAUUCUGCCGGUGGAGGCUCGGUGAUGCUUCAUGCCAUAGCAUAUGAUGGAAAGGAUCCCGAGAAGCUUUUCACUAACCUCCUACCUUCAAGCCCUUACUUGCCUCAACAAUAUCAUUACGAUGGCUCUAUGCCGACGGACUUCUACAAUCGCUUCGUGCAAGCAACGGGAUGCGCUGGUCAGCCAGACAUCUUCGGCUGCUUGGUGGGCAAAGACACCGCAACUUUGCAGAAAGCCAACUACGAGGUGACCGAGUCCGCAAGUGCCCUCGAAGCAGCUGCUCGCAGGGAAGCCACUCAAUGGCAAACGGCUGCUGACAAGCGUAAGAACAAGGACGCAGACAUAUUACGAACGACUGCUAACGACCACAAUUCUCAGAGCACGGCAAACGAAGGUCCAUUUUUCACACCCCAUGACAUCACCACCAAUGCUGGCUUCGUCAAUUAUAUUCAUACUUUAUUGCCCUUAUUCAACCAGGACAUGAUCACUCGAGCUCUUCAAGUCUAUGAUCCUCGUGAGUCGACGGGUGUCACAACGCCCUUCUCCACCACUGGCACUUCACCACCGACUGCGCUCUAUGUGUCCGACUUCGCCGUUGGUCCGCAGCAGCAAGCUUACAAUCUCAACGCUGAGGUCACCUUCUCCUGCAUCGCCUAUUGGCUGGCCGAAGCUUUCUCCGGCAGCGGCAGAACAUCAUGGAAGUAUGAGUACAGCAUUCCACCUGCAUUUCAUGCCGCCGAUCUCUUUGGAAACGGCUGGCUUUUUGACCCGACCCAAAACAUUCCCGCGGAUUUCGCUCGGCUAUUCAGGCAGUCAUGGGGCAAUUUUAUCAUCCAUAACAAUCCCGGUUGGAAGCCUUACAGUCCCCGUCAGCCUGUCAUGCAGAAUUUCAAUGUCACUGGUGGAUUCGCCGUUAGAAAUUAUACCAUUGAUGAUCUGGUGGCCGCGCAAGCGUAUGGUGAUGUCACCCCGGACAUCAAAUUGGUCGAUGCGUACAACUGGGAAGGUGGACGAGGGAAAAGAUGCGAGUUCUGGAGACAGAAUGCUGAUGCGAUCCCUGCGUGA